UAUAGUAUACAUUCAUAAAUUUGGUAAGAUGACAAACCGAACCAACUCAAGCCUUCCCCUAAAAGUCGAGAAGAAAUCGAUUGAGCUAGUCAAACCCUCAAAACACACUCCUUCUGAAACUCUCUCCCUUUCUAGUUUAGACAACAACCCUCUCGACGAAGUUAGGCACGCAAGUGUUUACGUUUUCGAGGCAAAUGAAAAGAACCAAAAUGAUCCGGUUUCUUUGCUUAGGAAGGCUUUGUCCGAACUUCUUGUGUACUAUUAUCCACUUUCAGGCAGGCUUGUUAGACGAAAAAGUGAUCGAAAGUUUCAGCUGGUUUGUAAUGGGGAGGGAGUCCCUUUUACGGUCGCUAUCGCAUCUCCUGAUCUCCCCUCUCUAAACUAUAUAGAAAACUUUGUUGAUGAAGUUGCAUUGCGGCUUGUCCCUGAGAUCGACCUUAACUAUGAAAGCGAGAUCGGUGAUCAUCCUCUAGCUAUGCAGGUGACCAAGUUUCCUUGCGGUGGAUUCACCAUUGGCACAGCAUUGUUACACGCGGUGUGCGAUGGGUUAGGUGUGGCUAGGUUCAUUCAUUCUCUAACCGAGUUGGCCCGAGGCAAGCGUGAGCCAUCGAUACUACCGGUAUGGGAGAGAGAGCGGCUAGCUAGGAAAGUAGACAAUGAACCGGCUAGAGUUCCGGGCGGUGCCGGUGCUAGAGCGAGUCUUUUGGCCACUUCACCGUAUAUGCCAAGUAGUGAUUUGGUUACAGAGAUAAUAAGCAUUAAAGCUAAGGACAUAAUAAUGCUUAAAGACACCUUGGUUAGGGAAUGCGAAUUCCGGAAGGAGAGUUUCACUACGUAUGAAAUUCUUAGUGCUUGCAUAUGGAAAUCAAGAUCUCGAUCCCUAAAGCUAGAUCUUGAUAGGAUCACUGUACUUUGCAUAGUUGUUGGAAUCCGACAUGUCCUUGAUCCGCCACUGUCCGAGGGUUACUACGGCAAUUCCAUCAUAGACGUGUACAUCGAGUUAACCGUGAGAGAACUCCAUGAAUCAUCGAUCUAUGACAUUCUAAAACUUGUGAAGAGUGCCAAGAAAAAAGCUUAUGACAAGAGGUAUAUCGAGCAAGAGCUAAUAAACAUGGAGAGAAUGAUUAAGGAAGAUGUGAAAUCUGCCGAGGUAACCGAUGGAUUAUUGGUCAUGACCGACGUGAGAAAUAUCGGGUUGGUUGGAUCGAUGGAUUUUGGUUGGAACGAUCCUGUGAAUAUGAGGUUUCUUAUGUUUCAAGAAAGCUUCAAAAACAUGGUGAUGAUCUUAAGACCAUCCAAGCGGGAUCCAGAAAUGGAAGGUGGGGUUAGACUGGUGAUGACAUUACCGAGAGAUGCAAUGGUUAAGUUCAAGCAAGAAAUGGAUGCUAUGAUGCAUCUUCGUCCUCGCUUUUGAGUUUUGAUCUGUCAUUUUCUUUUUCUAUUAUCAAGUCAAUAUUUUGCGUAAUCUCAGCUGCUUCGAACUAAAUAUGUAAGAAUUCA